AGUUUAUGCACAGCCUUUACGGAGUGUGCGCGUGUGUCUCGCGAGUAAUUUCGCUCACUCGAAGAGUUGCAAGUAGUUUUUUUUACAGUUGCCAAACGCUAAACGCUGGUUUUUUGCCACAUUUUCCUACUCUCGCGAAAUUGAGAAAGCGUCAGGAGAAAAAAACAUUGCGGACAAUAGUUGCCCCUCGUUGCGCUGCUAAUAUCUUUGUGUGUGCGUGUGUCAGUGUGACUGUUUUUUUUUCAAUCUCGAGAAACACAUUUAGAAGAAGCAGCAACAGAAAAUAUCUCUGGCAUUUCGAGCAGAAUCAAAGGUAGCACUAGCGAAAUAAUUGAAGCACCGGUGCACUAGUGGAUCUUGGCAGUAUUUCUGGUGGAAGUGCAUCGCUUGCGGUGACAUUUCGCGAAUGCGCGCAGCCGAAACGUGCGGUGGAAUGAGAGAAAACAACUUGUAGUAUGUAGUAAAACCAUGGUCACAAUUGAGUAACAGCUGCAUAUUGGCCUAGCGCGUAUCUCUGCCCUGUCAAGCGCACAGGUCUGGCCCAAUUACUGCGUGUAUUUAGGGCACGAAGGUGAAACCGGCAAGGUUAAAUGUUUUUUCAAAUUGUGUGCUGACAAUUGAUCGCGCGAGUAGGUGCAACGUGGGUAAAACGACAAGAAAGUGUGACCUUCGCAAGAUUGCACUAUUUCGCGCGCGCGGCAAUUGUUUUGUACGAAAAGCGGUAGUGUCAAACAUUGAUGCAAAUAUAAUUGGUUUAGACGAAUCAGGUUCAAGUCUUUGAUGUGUACCCCGAAAGCAAUCAAUCGCGCAGCUUGUUGCCAAAUAUCGCCGUAGUUCCAGCCAACACGCAAACGAAGCUUCGUCAAUUUGUUGCAAUCGAUUCUUUUAGUUAUAACACUCACUGAACGGAAAAACAUAUUUUUUUAAGUUUACAAAAACAAGUGCUAUCAACGAAAGAGGUCAGAAGAUAUCUUAUUCAAACAACGGCGGAGAACACAUCGGUAGAUAAUAGAGAGAGUGCAAAGAAAAGGUCGACAGCAGAGCGGUACAAGAUCGUCGUCAAGUAUGAGUUUUAACACAACAACGGUUAUGCAGGUAUGCAAAGUUGCUUAGAUGACGAAUAUCUUUACACCUACAACGUCUGAGAUGUUGCUACCAAUGGCCAGUCGAUUUGGCAUGAAAUUCGUCAGCUCCAUUUUUUGCUUCUUCUGGUGAAGAUGAACGACGAGUGGGUGGUGUCUCCGCGCAGAACGGUAGACUCCCUGUCCGCUGGCAGUAGUAGUAGCGCGAGCUCACCACACUCGAGCCUUCAGCAUAUCCCAGCCUACAAUUAUUACGACAGUGUCAGCCAGCAGCACUAUCUGCAUUAUCAGCCGACUAGCAGCCACAGGAGAUCUAGCGCCACCAAAGCAAUGGACGUCAGCGAACGAAACUAUUACCACAGAAUGAUGGAACGAACCGCCUAUGUCAACCGCAGCUUUAUGCAUCACAACGAAAAUGAACACCAGCUUAAGCAGCUGCAGCGGGGCCGAGGUUCGGGAGGUGACUCAAUGCUCGAUUCGUCGCACCAUAUGAUCGAUUAUGUUGAUCGCCGGAAUGAUAGAAGACGACACAGUAUGCACCAUAUCACACAACCGACUGUGUCAAAGAUGGAAGAUUUGAAGCAACGAUUCGAUGAAUAUAGCUCAUCCGCAGCGGUUGGUAGAGGCGGAGGUGCUAGCGGAGGCGGAAGUAAACGUCCGAGCCGGCAGAACAGUGGCAUUCCUUUUGCUAUUGGUGGCCCCGUUGACGGUGGCAGACUGAAUUUUGGCUACAGUGGUAGCAAAACGCUAGACGUUUACGAACCACAGCAGCGGACCGUUUCGAGUGAGAAUCGACAGAAGGGCAGCAGUGCGAAAACGCCAAAACGUGGCUCGAGGUCAUCGCAAGGAUCGACAGAUAGCAGUCACAGUUCACAUAGUGCUUCAUCCGGCUCGCUGCUGCUGACGGUAGCGAACUUGGAAAACUUUGCCAAAAUUCACAAGAAACACGAAUCGAGCUACGGCACCAGUCGGACCAUGGAAGAAUAUCUCUCCUCCACGGUCGGAAUAGUUCCGACGGCGGCUAUUAUGGAGGCUGUUGGCGAUAAAUACAACAGCAACAUCAUUCUGACACACACCCCGGGCGAAGAUAUACACUUGGCGGAGCAGACCGGAGGUGAUCAUCACCGAGAUCAUCACAGUGGCAUUCUACCUACAGGUUCGGCCAUAAUUUCCAUCGAAGAAGUUGUUAGCCAUCACCAGCAACAGCAGCAACAGCUGCAGCAGGAUCAACAGCAAACAAAAUCAACGAAAACCAAAGAUCCGGAUUCGGUGUCAGUGGCCAGUUCGACACAUUUCACCAUGAUCAACGGAGUGGGUGGACCCCAGCGACUGCCCAAGAGUGGAAUCUGCUCUCGGGGCCACCAAAUUACGAUUCUGAUCGUAACGAUGAGUUUCGUCUUCAUGAUUGGGAUUUGUGCAGCAGUAUUUUUCCUUGAAAUGCGUGCCAGAGAAAUGCCACGAUAAGCUAACAACGCAAGGAAAGUCGGAACAAGCGUCAAUAAUCGAAUCCGGACCAACGCGAAGCUAUCUCCAUCAACGGGAGGAAUUGAAGGAAUACCGUGUAGCCAUAAACAAACCUACAUUACUAACAGAAAUACAAUAGAGAGUAUCCGCCAAUAUGCCUUACACAAAUUUCUGGAUAGGUUUCCGUAGCGUAUCUCAAUUUGUACAGCUCAUUUAAUUAUCCGCUAUUUAUUAUAUGCAAGCAGAUGCUUGUCAUCAAAUGUGCCUGUCAACAAAAUAAUGAUAGACAGGUGAACAACAUUCAAAUCUAAGGAACUGACGAACGAAAAGAAAAGAUUUCAUAAUCUUUCGGAAUUGUUGCAAUGAUAAAAACAAUUACACGCAUAGUGUGAUUGACGCGUCAAUCAAUUACCUAAACUGAUUGAAAAUCCAAGACUAUAUUCAAAUACUAUUCUAGAUUGUCAACCUUUAGUCCUACAAUGUUGGUUAAACCGAUGUUUGUAAGAAAAUCAGAACCAAUUCUAUCACUCUCAUAUCAAGAGCUUUACUUUAAGCCUCUGUCCUCCUCAAACAAAAUACGCUACUACACACAUCAUCUUCUGUGAUAUUUAUUAAUUUAUUUAAAUUAUGUGGU